GGGUGAGUCGAUGUAAUUGGUUGGUUGGUUGGAUUGUGUUACACGUACCGGCUAACCUGUAAAAUAUAGAUAACAACUUUGGAUGUCAUAUCCAUUUUCAAGGCAAACCCAAAGUUCCAACUGUCUCCGUCUCAUUCUCUCUACAUAAAGCUUUUGUUUCCAUACAUUUUCUUCAAACUAAUUUCCUAAUCCUCUCUGCUAAUCGUUCUCCCUUUACCCCAAUAAACCGAAUGUUUAAUGAUUGACCACAUUCUCCACCUAAACAUUAACCCUAGUGAACGGGCGGAGUUGUUCCCCACUGCAUGGCGUCCACUGCCGUUUGCAUUGGCACCGUCUGUGGCUCUUGUUUGGUCCCGAGGCGAGAACCUGAAAUAGGAGAAAGUGGUCGGAGUAUCUAACAAAAGCGUGUGUUCCAUAAUGGAGCCGUCACAUCGUUUACAUUCUCUGAGUCCUGCUGAGUUGAGGCCGUUGAUCAGGCAGGAAGACCCCAGAAUACGCACCACGACCGGGUUAGCUAACGGGUACCAGCAGGCCAAUGUCGUCAUCCUGCCCAGUCAUCUGGCCGAUGACUUUGAAGCGUUCUGUCGCAGAAACCCCGCCCCCUUGCCGCUCCUUUAUCGCAGCCAAACAGGGGAGACUUCCUGUCCGCCUCUUGCCAGAGAUGCUGACAUAAGGACAGAUAUUUCUCAAUACUAUGUGUAUGAAGAGGGUUGCCUGGUGAAAACCGUCUCAAGUCUGCAGAGUUACAGCACUCAGCCAAGUGCUGCACAUCACAGCCCGUGGUCAGACAUGGUUUGCUUCUAUCUGGGCUGCAGUUUUGGCUUUGAGGGCCGACUGAAGAAAGCUGGAGUCCCAGUCAGGAACGUGGAGCAGGGCACAAACGUCAGCAUGUACAGGACUGCAGUUCCGUGUAUUCCUGCAGCAGUGUUCAGCUGCCCUCUAGUGGUCACUAUGCGUCCUGUUCCAGCUGGCAUGCUGGAUGCAGCAGUAGAGGUUACUCACCUCAACCCGCUUGCACAUGGAGCUCCUGUACACAUAGGAGACCCAGCUCUCCUCGGCAUACAGGACCUGUCCAGACCAAACUAUGGGGAGCAAGUACAGCUGCAGCCUGGCGAUGUCCCAGUGUUCUGGGCCUGUGGAGUGACUGCUAUUGAAGCAAUAAUCAGCAGCAAGCCUUCUUUGGCCUUCAGCCACUCACCAGGCUGUAUGUUCCUGACUGACAUCCCAGACUCGUCCCCUUCUUCUCCCACACCUCCACCCUCUGAGAGCCCCGUAGGCUCGCCCUCCACGGAUCACAACCUUGAACUAAUUCCCUUUUGCUUUUUGGUAUCCCACAAUCCCUUGCUGUACAGCUUGGCAUCUCAGAGGGCCGUGGCAAAGAUCCGACAGCUGGCGACAAUUAUUGGAGAGGACCCAGGUCAACGAGGGAUUCAAGCUUUAUUUGUUGAAGAUGAACUUCUGCGCUCCUGUCUGGCACUCUCCCACGCAUCCUCUGUUGCCAUAACUACCGGCUUUCCAACCCACUACAUGCACAGUCCCCCUGACGAGACUGACGGCCCACCUGGGGCCAUUGCCAUGGCAACCAUGCUGCUGUCGCUAGGGAAGCUGGUGACAAUGGUGACGGACAGGAGAGCCUUGGAGAUGAACCAGGCCCUCAUUGAUGAGGCUGUGAGGACAGGUGUGCUGAAAACUGCAAUCCCAUUGGUCACUUUUGAAGACAACGGCCCAGACUCUGCACUUCACUUCCUGUGUCACGAUGGAGACCCCAGCAAGCCCAGGUAUGACCACCUUGUGGCGAUAGAGCGCACUGGACGUGCUCGAGAUGGAAAUUACUACAACAUGAGAGGAAUCAACAUCAAACAUCUGGUGGAUCCCAUCGAUGACUUGUUUAUUGCUGCCAAGAAUAUAUCAGGAAUAAUCACUACAGGAAUCGGGGAUGGUGGUAAUGAGUUGGGGAUGGGCCAACUGAAGGACAGGGUGGAGGAGCUGAUGCCCAACGGGGGUCUCAUAGCCUGCGUUGUUCCUGCUGACUACGCCAUCACUGCUGGGGUGUCUAACUGGGGAGGCUAUGCUGUGGCCUGUGGGCUCUACCUGCUGCACACCUGCCCCUCCCACCAGCGAUACAGAAAGAAAGGACUCGGAUCGGAGCACUCAAUCCCCCAAGAACAGCUCCAGGACUGGACUGCUAACCUGCCAUCUGUGGACAAGGAGGAGACUAUUCUCUCCACUCUGGUGCGUUUUGGGAUAAGAAGCGGGAAAACUGGUAACCUGGCCAUGGAGGUGGAUGGUUUGACCUUUCACCCCACACACUCCGACAUCAUCACCAGACUGCUGGAAGUCACACGAGGCAGCACCACUCCGAGCCUUUGAUCAAAUUAUUCUGGUUAUUCUCAAAAUUGAAAAGUGAAUUAUCUAAGUGUGUGAUUGAGUAUUAGCAUGGCCUUGAUGCAAGUCGCCGUGUGCGCUCCCAUUAAGCUCAGGGCUCUGAGAGAGAAACACACCUGAGCACGCACACACACGCACACACACGCACACACACGCACACACACACACACACAUUGGCUAUCCAUGUGGAGGAGGCGUUUCCUCUCUAUUCAGAUUGUCCAGAGAAAGGAAAGAGGGAAAGAGAAAGGGCAGAAGUGUGUGUGUGUGUGUGUGUGUGUGUGUGUGUGUGUGUUUUUCGAUGCUGCCUUGGUUACCUUUCAGGCCUCUUCCUUGACUACGGGUGACAAAGCACACUGAAGUCAAAUCUUUUUAGCCGUUGUCCCUUAAAUGGGCUGUGAUUUUAGUGUUAUAUAUCCUACUUAGCAUUACAGUGAUCGUAUAAAAUCACUGACCACAUGAUUUACUUCUCAACAACACUCCAAUGACUUUGUUCACGUAGUAAGACAUUCAAUAAGUUUUGAACAUUGUUGUACAAUAUUGUUGGAAUUGAAGCUUUGAGUUAAAUGUUUCUAGCAGUAAAAUACAUAUUAUAAUGUAAUUUAAAUAAAAAGAUUAUGCCAAUCAUAUGAAGUCUGUCUAAUAAAUGUUUUGUUUUUUUCUUCUUUGAGCUUUUUAUAGUAUUUGAGCUGCUUUCUGCCAUGUAUUAUUUGUAUUAUUGUAUGAUCAAGCAAAGGCCCAUUUUAAAAUGCUCAACUUUGGAGCAGAAAUAAACAUGUUUACAACCUG